GCUGUCCCUCUCAAAGACACCCUGCUACCUGCUACUGCUGCAAGUGCAACCUCACCUGAUCAUCACAACAAGAUGGCAUCAAGUCUUCUUCUCAUUGUGGUCCUCUGUUUGACCAGUGGGCUGUGGAUUGGAGCAAAUGUAAGUAAUAUGUAUAUUUGGUUUAAAAAGACCUCUGAUGAGUGCAGCAGAACCUGCCCAGAUGGUUGGACUCUGUUUGACUUCAGGUGUUACCAGUUCCAUGGAACUCCAAAGACCUGGGCUGAUGCAGAGCGUUUCUGCACCACUCUCGGUGGAAAUCUGGCUUCCCUCCACACCCGACGCGGAUAUAAGGUACUCAGAAAAUGGAUCCUGAGAGCGACUGGCUCACAUACAAACGCUUGGGUCGGAGGCUACGAUUCAUCAGGCGAGCGUGUGUGGCUCAACAGUGACGGUUCACUGUUUGACUUCAAAGGCUGGGCCAGUGGGGAGCCCAACAACGUUGGCGGAAAUGAAAACUGCAUGGAGAUCAACUUUCAAGGAAGGGAUUUCGUCAAUGACAUACCCUGCGAUCAGAAGAAGGCUUUUGUUUGUGCCAGAGACCUGUAAUCACUCCCCUCCAUGACACAUCAGCUGUGGUGAUAUUGUCACUUCUAACAGGGAGUCGAGCCUCGACGACAUCGCUGCUGGAAGAUCUCUUCUCCCUCUCUUCUGAAUUGAUUUCAGCUUCAUCAAUAAACACAUAUAUCCUGUUCAGCAA